GAAGUGUUGAAGCGAUUCAACCAUUUUUAGACAACAAUCCAGUGAUCGAUACAUCCCUUCACUGUCUGACAGUCCCUUCAUUUAGCCAUUGGUUUGUUGACAGCAAUCGCUUUGGACAGGCAUUGGAUGGCCAGUCGUGACAGUGAUCUCGUGGUCUAUUGAUGUGAUAAUGAGUGAAAUGAUGUGACAAUUGAGUGACAAUUUCAUGACAAAUAGCGCCAAAAGUGAGUGACAUUUGAUUGGCAAUAGUGUUGAGUAGUAUUUGGCGCAAAACCAGUGCAUCCCAUGUAUUGACACAACUCUACACUAUAAACACUAUUACUGUUAAUAUCCAUACAAUCAGUGAUUAUGUUAUCAUUUGUUGCUAUCAUUUAAACCACAAUUCAAUCGUUAAGUGAAGCCAUGAGAUGCCGGCCCUCAGGCCUACCCUCCGACGGGCCGUCAAAACGCGGUUGUCGUCGAAAUCGUCGCGAUUUGGCCUCAAUUCAAGACAUUCUUCCAAAGCCAUUGACCUGAAGAAGCGAUUGGAGGCCACCAAUCGGUUCACUCAUAUGAAGGCCUCCAAUGAGUCCAAUGAGAGGAAACAGUUUGUCAUGAAAGACAACAAGAAGUGCACAAAUAAGACACCAUUGAGUCCAAUGAAGACCAGAAGGAAAUGCAAACGAUUCGCUCACAAGAAGAGCAACAGAUUUACGAAAAUCAACAAAAUUAAGAAGAAUUUCAACAAAUUGUGUGAAUCUCUGGAUGUGUUGCCACAACUCAAGCGCAAGAAGAGAGUGUCGAAGAAGUUGUUUAAAGUGAAGAACUCAUUGUUGAAUGCGAUGCCUGUCUUCGGACACAACCAUAACAUGAAUGACAAUGAAGUGUCGGAUCUGAUGACGAAUUCUCGCAAAACAAAUACAAAUCAAUUGAAGUGUUUAGAGGAAGUGAAGGACAAUACCUUCGAGGAAGCGAACGUCUACAGCAAACCCAUUGACUUUUACUGCAAUGAAUCCAUUGAUUCUCAAUGUUUGACACAAACUAAUGGCUUCAUUAAUGGCGAAAAUGUGACUAAAUUUGAUAAUCAAUUGAUUCAUAAUCUGAAUGAUAAUAACAAUAAUGACAUUAAUAGCGAAAAGAGAGUACAAAUGCAUUGUAACCAAUCAUACGAUUCAUCAUUUUAUUCAUAUAAUCAUAACCCACACGAAGAGACCACAGACUGGGAACCAUUAGAUCCUUACUAUUUCAUCAGAAGUCUGCCCCCAUUAACGCCAGAGAUGCGGUCCAGAUGUCCAGCACUUCCCCUUCAGACCAGGAGUUCGCCUGAAUUCACACUCGUCUUGGAUUUGGACGAGACAUUAGUCCACUGCUCGCUGACUGAGUUGUCUGACGCCACCUUCACUUUCCCCGUCAACUUUCAAGACAAUGAGUACAAGAUCUAUGUGCGCACCCGACCCUACUUCAGGGACUUCUUAGAGCGAGUCUCACAGCUGUUUGAAGUUAUUUUGUUCACCGCUUCAAAGAAGGUCUACGCCGACAAACUACUCAAUCUCUUGGAUCCCAACCGCAAACUCGUUAAGUUUCGACUCUUUCGGGAACACUGUGUCUGCGUUAGCGGUAAUUACAUCAAAGAUCUCAACAUUUUGGGCAGAGAUUUGUCCAAAACUAUUAUUAUCGAUAACUCUCCGCAGGCUUUUGGAUAUCAAUUGGAGAACGGGAUUCCAAUCGAGAGCUGGUUUGUCGACAAAUCUGAUUCAGAAUUACUUAAACUCUUACCAUUCUUGGAAAAUCUGGUCUCAUCGAAAGGGGACGUAAGGCCUCACAUAUGCAAUAAAUACCACCAGUCAUGCCAUCAAUUGCCACCAAUGGAUUGAUUUGAAUUUGCAAUUAUUUACUUUCCAUAUAUUGUUUUUGCUUGAUUACUAUUAUUGCUUUUAAUACCGGUUUAAUUGUUUGUUAUAUUAAGUGCAUUACAACUAAUGAUAUUACUAUUAAUGAAUCUACUUUAUAGGACCUUAAUGUUUAAUCAAUAUUGAAAUUUUUAUUAACACCACA